AAGAAGCCUGAAGAGCGACGACGUCAUGUGUGUAUUAAAAUGACAGUCAGAGAAUGUUUGGAUGGUCAGAGUGUAAAUACAUUUAUUUAUUUGCAGUUUCGCGAUAUUUUGUUGGGAUGAAACAAACACUGCUGCUGGUUCGCCUCCUUUAACUCGCCCUGUUGUGCUGGUGAUGAUGAGGCCUGAAGCCCCGCCCCUCCCACCGGGCGGGGCUCGGUACUGCAGCAGAGCAUCCUCCUCAGCAUCCUGCACACGGUCCGACCGAGCACGGUCCUGCAGAGCUCAGCUCCAGACUCAGUCCCACCGACCACUGCAGCACCCAGGAGCUGCUCCCACUGUGACGCAGGAGCACCGACCGACACGCCGCUUCCAACGAGCCCAUUGGACGGAGAUCAGGAUGUUUGGAGGUGCAUCAGCGCGGAUCCAGAAGGGCCGGCAGAAGGCGUUAGGUCAUGGCUCAGUCCAGCAGGCCAUACACUACCUGAACCAGGACUUCCAGGCCCUGAAGCAGGGCUGUCUGGAGAACAGAUCCCUGUUUGAGGACCCAAUGUUCCCAGCUGAAGCGGCCUCACUGGGCUUCAAGGAACUCGCUCCAUUCACCGCUAAAACCCGAGGGGUGGAGUGGAAGAGACCAACGGAGUUGACAGAGAGCCCUCAGUUCAUCGUGGGCGGAGCCACCAGGACAGACAUCUGUCAGGGAGUGCUGGGAGACUGUUGGCUGCUGGCUGCUAUCGGCUCUCUGACUCUGAACGAGCAGCUGCUGCACCGCGUCGUCCCUCACGGUCAGAGCUUCAGCCAUCAGUAUGCCGGCAUCUUCCACUUCCAGUUCUGGCAGUUCGGGGAGUGGGUGGACGUGGUGAUCGACGACCGUCUGCCGGUCAAAGACGGAGAGCUGAUGUUCGUCCACUCGGCUGAAGGCAGCGAGUUCUGGAGCGCCCUGCUGGAGAAGGCCUACGCCAAGUUGAACGGCUCGUAUGAGGCGUUGUCCGGCGGCAGCACCACUGAAGGUUUCGAGGAUUUUACCGGCGGUGUUUCGGAGAUGUACGAGCUGAAGAAAGCUCCCAGAGAUCUUCAUCGCAUCAUCAGUAAAGCUCUGGAGAGAGGCUCGCUGCUGGGCUGCUCCAUCGACAUCACCAGUGCCUUCGACAUGGAGGCGGUGACCUUCAAGAAGCUGGUUAAAGGCCACGCCUACUCUGUGACCGCACUCAGACAGGUGGAGUACCGCAGCCGUCAGGAGCGUCUGAUCCGGAUCAGGAACCCCUGGGGUCAGGUGGAGUGGACCGGAGCCUGGAGCGACAACUCAUCAGAGUGGAGCGCCAUCGACUCAGCAGAGAAAGACGAGCUGCUCUGUAAGAUGGAGGACGGAGAGUUCUGGAUGUCUUUCCAGGAGUUUCUGCGUCAGUUCUCCCGUCUGGAGAUCUGUAAUCUGACCCCGGACGCUCUCAGUCAAGACACCGUCAGUUUUUGGACCACAACAAUGUUUGAGGGCGGCUGGAGGAGAGGAAGCACUGCCGGAGGCUGCAGGAACCAUCCCAACACGUUCUGGAUCAACCCUCAGUAUAAGAUCUCCCUGCUGGAGGAGGACGACGACCCCGAGGACGACGAGGUUGCCUGCAGCUUCCUGGUGGCUCUGAUGCAGAAAGACCGCCGCCGCCACCGCCGCCAGGGCCAAGACAUGCACACCAUCGGCUUCGCCAUCUACGAGAUCCCUGACGAGUUCCGAGGCUGUCCCAGCGUCCACAUGAAGAAGGACUUCUUCCUGCGUCACUCCUCCUGCGCUCGCUCAGAGACCUUCAUCAACCUGCGAGAGGUCAGCACCAGGCUCCGCCUCCCACCAGGCGAGUACCUGAUCGUCCCGUCGACCUUUGAACCCUCCAAGGAGGCUGACUUCGUCCUGAGGGUGUUCACCGAGAAACAGUCGGAGACGCAGGAGAUGGACGACGACGUUGUGGCGAACUUUGAAGAAGAGGAGGAAAUCUCAGAGAGCGACGUGGACGAGUCCUUCAGGUCCAUGUUCACUCAGCUGUCUGGAGACGACAUGGAGAUCUCAGUGCGAGAGCUCAGGACGCUCCUCAACCGAGUCGUGUCCAAGCACAGAGACCUGCAGACUGAUGGUUUCAGUAUGGAGUCCUGUAGAAGCAUGGUCAGCCUCAUGGACAAAGACGGCAGCGCUCGACUCGGUCUGCUGGAGUUUCAGAUUCUUUGGAACAAGAUCAGGAAGUGGCUGGCGAUCUUCAGAGAGUUCGAUCUGGAUAAAUCAGGAUGUAUGAGCUCCUACGAGAUGCGCCUGGCGUUGGAGAACGGGGGCUUCAAACUGAACAGGGAGCUGUAUCAGAUGCUGGUCGCUCGAUACGCCGACAAUGAGAUCAUCGACUUCGACAACUUCACCUGCUGCCUGGUCAAACUGGAGGCCAUGUUCAAGGCCUUCCAGGAGCUGGACAGAGACGGGACAGGAAGAGCAGAGCUGAACAUUGCUGAGUGGCUCUGCAUGACCAUGUGUGGCUGAAGACUCCUCAGUCAAAGUGCCUCCAACAGGAAGACAACAACCGACCUGACUGUUACACUGCAGCCCAACCACACUCUUACUGUACAACACUACAGUCCUACAUCACUAC